GGUCUCUGUCAGCACUUGUUCCUGUUGGUGGAUCUUUGAUCAAGUUCUCUAUCAGUACUUUCCAUAGGCAAAAGUAAUAUAUUGGAAUAUAUUUUUACAAAAUGUGUAUGCGUGUAUUUGAAUCUAUUUAAAUGACAGAUAUCAAAAUGUGUACAUAUAUUUAAAUAUAUGUAUGAAAGUAUAUUGAAUUAUUAAAGUUUUGGCCACAUUCACAUAUUUCCCCUGUACCCCUGUCUGCCCUGUCCAACCCAUCAAACACUCUCCGACAACAUCCUAAAAUAUUUAAAUGUUUUAUUCAUUAUUAUUUAUUUGAUUUAAUUGUGUAUUUUAGAAAUAUAUUCAACCAAUUUAUUUUAUAAUUUUUUGGUUUUAUUCCAAUAUAUUAUUUGUAUUAUUGUAUGGGUUGUUCCCAUCAGUGGGUCUUUGUUCAGGGCCUCUGUGUUCAGGGUAUACGUCAGCUGUAUAGCUCUAUAGGCAAUGUCAGUCCCCUGGAAGACAACUAACAACAUUGGUAUUUUCCCUGAGGACAACCUUCACGAUAUUAUUUGCACCAUCACAGUCCGAUGGCUAUUUGUUCAAUACUAAACAUUGUGUUUCUCUCCAGGUCUUUAGUCAGAACGUUAGACCUGUUCUACUGUGUUUGUGUGAUUUUGGCAUGUUAUGUGGGCACUGGGUGGGCCUUAUUUUCUCGCCAGUCUCCUCCCCUCUCCCCCACACAGGUUCUGAAUGAGGAAAUGCAGCUUGUUGUGUCAGGUUGCUUAAAGGAAUACAGAAGAAAAAACGCUGAGUUUGAGCGAGCCCUCCCUCCCUCUGUUAUUCCACUGUUUCCUCCCCGUUUUCCCCUCCCCCAGGACCCCUCCAGUCCUCUUUGUUUACUCACUCUCUUCCCUCACAAAGGUUACCGCCCAACAACCUGCUACGCUUGUGGUUGGUAGAAGUGGUCUUAGUGGGCGGGUCUGUGUCUGUGUAUGUGCGUGUGUGUGUGUGUUUCUGCUCGUGACAGUUUCACCAGUCAGCAAGGCUGUCAGAAGGGUUCCAGUGGGCAGCAGGCACAGUGUUCAGUCAGGCUGUGAGCAGCAGAUGCCGUGUUGAGCUCCGCACACAAAGAACCUUCUAUUCCUACACUUCUCUGUUUACUUUCCAAAGCCAGGAGAAAAGGAAUUUCAGCUCAACAACCGCCAAGACAAUAUUUCUGUCUUCCUGUUCCUCUUCGUUUUCCUCUCCGUAUCCCUCCUGCACAGAAAGGAGAGAACCAUCCAGCCUCCUCCAAGGGCACCGACGAAAAGCAGGAACUACAAUAAAAGACAGAGAGAGAGGAGCUCUGAGGAGGCUGUUCAACGUGUGUGUGUGUGCGUGCGUGCGGUGGUCUGUGGGUUCGUUUUCGUCCUCGCUGCACUGAGUGUCCCUGCGGAGGGAGACUGAUGCGCGUGGCGUGGCUGUGCUCAGGGCUCGGUGGAGGAUGAGUCCGUCCGUGAUGGCUCAGGGCGGGCCGGCCAAGCAGCAGCAGCAGCAGCUCCAGAACUACCUGGAGAAAGGGGUCCCGCUGGAGCCCUUUAUGCACCAGGUGGGGGGCCACAGCUGCGUGCUGCGUUUCGGGGAGCAGACCAUCUGCAAGCCCCUCAUCCCCCGAGAGCACCAAUUCUACAAGAGCCUACCCAUCGCCAUGAGGAAGUUCACUCCCCAGUACAGAGGUGUUGUAUCUGUGAGCUUUGAGGAGGAUGAAGAAGGCAACGUGUGUCUCAUAGCGUACCCGCUACAUGGUGACACCGGAGUGGGGGAUGUGGAGAAUAUAGACCUGUCAGUCACUGGCGAGGCCAACGGCAAAGCACUGCAGUGGGGCAACAAGCAGCUGCCUCCCCGAAGCCUGAAGGACCCGCUCAACGACACCAGCCAUGACCACGAGGUGAUGGAAUGGCUGAAGCAGGAGGAGGUACUCCUGGAGGGCAGAAACUCUAUCCAGCACAACCCCUGGAGACUGAAACUCCAACAGAAACACCUGCAGAGGAUGAAGGAGAACGCCAAGCACCGUAACCAGUACAAAUUCAUCCUGUUGGAGAACCUGACGUGGCGUCACACGGUUCCGUGCGUGCUGGACUUAAAGAUGGGCACGCGGCAGCACGGGGACAACGUCUCCGAGGAGAAGAAGGUCAUGCAAAUCCGCAAGUGCCAGCAAAGCACCUCUGCCUCCAUUGGUGUGUACCAGUCAGACUCGGACCAGCUCAUUUUCAUGGACAAGUACACCGGGCGUAAACUGACCCUGUCGGGCUUUAAGGAGGCCCUGUUCCAGUUCUUCCACGAUGGCCGGCAUCUGCGCCACGAGCUGCUGUCCCCGGUGCUGCAGCGGCUCCGGGAGAUGCAGGCGGCCCUGGAGGGCUGCGAGUCCUACCGCUUCUACUCCUCGUCCCUGCUCAUCAUCUACGACGGAGAGCUGGCCACCAAGCACGCGCACAGAGGCCCCGAGGACGGACUGUCAGAGGACGAGGAGGAUGUAGAAGAGGAAGAAGACGAAGGAGCGGGUGCAUUUGGGUUUCCGCACAGCUCUGUGUCCGGCAGUAGCAGCGGUGGCCCAGCUGCUCGGCGCCGUUUGGCCCUGUCCGACCCAGGCCCGUGCCCGGCUGUGGAUGUGAGGAUGAUUGACUUCGCCCACACCACGUGCCCCGACUACGGAGACGGCGGAGUGGUGCAUGAGGGCCAGGACACAGGCUACAUCUUCGGUCUGCAGAACCUUAUCACCAUCAUCUCUCAGCUGGAGGACCACGGAACAGACUAGAACACACACAGACUCCCAUCUGUUUUGGACUCGCGGGAGAAACCAAACGGCACACUGAACUACGAAGGCUGGCCUUAGGGCACAGUGAGCAUUGCGACAGCUUGCUUUUUCACAGGAGUUAUUGUCUCUGUUCUUGGUGCUUCUUGUGUUUUUUUUUAUCCUUAGGAUAUUAAAAGGGCCCUGAAGGUUUAUGUUUUAAGAUAUUUUGUGUUUAUUUGACUCAGUGAGUUGUUACCUUGCUCUGUCAUGUGUUGAAGUUGCUCCUUUUACCCAGUUUUUUUAUUUAUGGGAAACAACACAAGGAAGUUUGGAAUCAAGUCCAAGAUUGCAAGCAUGGAUUCAGACUGUCCAAGGUGCCUGUUUUGUGCGCACACAAACCCAUGCACUGAUCUGGCUUCAUACUACUGGUUGGGUACAUUUAUUUGAGAAAGCAAGAAACUGCUGUAUCUGUGUGAAAUGUGACUUGAUGAGAGGAAAGGGAAAACUGUUAUAUCUUUUAUUUUGCUUCCUGUACCAGUUUUAGCUAUCCCUCUCCCUUCAUAUUCACAGAAGACUACGGUAUAUUCAGAUAGCUUUUAGAAGACAUACAUGCUCUAUAGAUCUUUAUUUCUUUUACUUGUUUGUAAACUAAAUAAACUAAAUAUUUUAAAGUGAAGAUACAAAGACUACAUUCCAUGUUAUUAAUGUUACAAUAAUAAUAUUUAUGAAUAUUGUUAUUUGACAUGCCUGGAUACUCAUCUUGUAUCUGUUUUUCCAGAGUUUGUUGGAGGAGAAAUAAAUUCUGUUUUGGUUGUGCUAAAUGA